AUGAAGGACGGACAUCGCCAGCAUCAGGUCACCUGUACUGUUGGUUCGGUGCACCGACCUACUCCUUCUGCUGCUCAUCAUCACUAUGUGACGGGGGUCAAGGGGGCUUCUCAAAAAUCUCUGGCCAUGGACAACGCAUGCCAGAGCAACAAGCCCGGCUUCGCCAUGUUCAGCAAGGAGGGCCAACAUAGCCUAGCUUCGCUCUUGACAGAUCACCAGCCAUUGAUGGUGCAUUCCGACACGUCGACGUCCGUCAACACCUCCACCUCAUUAUCGCCUCUGAUCUCGACAUCAAGAGCCCGACCCCCCUUCUCCGACAAGUACGGUCGUUGUCUCGAAAUCCUCCAUUAUGGCACAAGCAGCACCGUCCGCCUCCAUCAGAUGAAACCCUCAAUAUAUAGCCCCAAAUCCAAACAGCUGCUAGCAAUCAAGAUUUACCGCCAGGAUAUCCUUGACACACAGAAGAAUCCCCGGGCUCGGACAUCAAUAUGCUCGGCGGGAUCCAUCGCCGAACUACAUCCCCACCAUCCAAAUAUUCUCCCGAUAACCGAUAUCCUCUACAAUGAACGCUCGGAGCUUUGCGUGGUCACACCUUACUGCGCCGGCGGAGACCUACACGAACUUAUCUCUCGAACCGGGCCCUUGCCCACCGCGGAGGCGGACUGCAUUGUGGCCCAGGUCCUCCGUGCCUUGGAGUUUCUCCACAAACAGAAUACCGCGCAUCGCGAUCUGCGGUUAGAAUCUGUUUUGCUCACCGGUAACGGCGCGAUCAAAUUAGCUGGGUUUGGGGACGGGCAUAUACGGCGGAUAUGGGCCAAGUGCGCGAUCCCUUCAGAGCCCGAUGAGGAAUCGCCGCAUUCCGAUUCCCCUUCACAGCACUCCUGGUCAUUCUCCUUCCCGGGGAUCCUCUCCUCCUUCUCACGCCUGAACUCCUCCACACGCCAUAAGGUAGAUGGGGCACACUCGACCGUCUCUCUCCCGGGGAUGAGUCUCCCCUACGCUCCGCCCGAGGUCUUCUACUCCCAGUCUCGGCGUCGGUCUCGACAAGAUGACCUUUACAUUCAUGAGAAUGAAGAAGAAGAAGAGGAGGAGGAGGAUAGGGAUCCCCGCCCCGCCGAUGUCUGGGCCACGGCGAUCAUCUACAUGACUCUGCUCAUGGGCCGUCUGCCUUGGCGCAGUGCCCGUCCCCAACGCGAGGAUACACGAUACCUGGAGUAUUUGCGCUGUCGCCAGGAACAGGACGGAUACCCACCAAUUGAAGCUCUCGGCAUGGUUAGUCUACAAGUCCCUCUGUCUUUCUCUGUUCUCCUUCCUGCGUCGAUUCAUCGGCUCUUCUUUUGUUUCUCUUUCAUCUCCUUUCCAUCUCGCAAGACCAGAUAG